AUGGACGUUUUUAUUUUCUUAAUUGGAUUAACUGCGGUAACAUCGGAGUAUAUUAAUGACCUAAGCCAUGUCGAAAGUUUCCUACGAAAUAAGGAAUCAGCAUUGAGAAAGAAGUACAGACCGUUUUAUCAUCUCACCGCUCCCGAUGGCUGGAUCAGCAGCCCCGCAGGACUUACAGUUUUCAAACGAAAAUACCAUUUGUUCUAUCAAUACUACCCUUAUAAUGGAGCUUGGGGACAUAUGAGUUGGGGUCACGCAGUUAGCGGUGAUCUGAUAGAUUGGGUCCACUACCCAACUGCAAUUUUACCCAAGGAUUACUACGAUAAACAUGGCUGCCUUACAGGAACGGCUCUUGUAAGAAAUAACUUCUUAACUCUCUUCUACACAGGCAACGUUCUAUCUGAGAACGAGAACAUACAAACACAAAACAUCGCGCUCAGCGGAGAUGGUGCUAUCUUCCAGAAAUAUCUGUAUAAUCCCAUCAUUCGCGAUUCACCUACUGGAAUUGGUGAAAUAAGGAACCCAAAAGUGUGGCGGUUCCGUAACAUUUGGUACAUGGUACUUGGUACGUCCUCGAGACAACGACAGGGCCAACUGCUUUUGUAUACAUCCCAUGAUAUGUUUAAUUGGAAAAUGAACGGAACACUAGUAGAAUCUUACGGAGACAUGGGAUAUAUAUGGGAGAGUCCAGAUAUUUUCGAAUUAGAAGGUCACCACGUGUUAAUUCUUUCGGUGCAAGGAAUCGAAGCAGAUGGCUUCAGAUUUAGAAAUCUCUACCAAAAUGGAUACGUUACUGGGUUCUUCAAUUACCGACGAGCAAAGUUUGAGGAUCUUGAAGUCUCCACGGCCACGUUUCAAGAAUUAGAUUAUGGUCAUGACUUUUACGGUGCUAAGACAAUGCGAGCCCUGGAUGGGCGUAGAUUAUUGGUUGCUUGGUUGGGAAUGUGGGAGAGUAAUUUUAUAGAGUCGACAGCUGGUUGGGCGAGCAUGUUGACUCUAUUCCGAGAAGUACGUAUCAAUAAAUACGGAAGACUUCUACUAAUGCCUAUACGAGAAAUGAUCGAGCUAAGGACGGAAAUGUUGGAAAAUGCUUGGUACAGUCCUGGAGAGUCUUUCGAUGCUGAAGGUAGGUCAUUUGAACUGAUAGCAAAUUCGACUUCGGUGGAUUCUGAUGUCGGCAUUAUAUUUGAAUGGAGAGAUGGCCGUUACGUAAUUGGGUAUUCGGCAGAUCACGAAUACAUUAUGAUUGAUAGAGGCGGCAUAGAUGGUGUGAGGCGCGCGUUUUGGUCACCAAAAAGUACCGUUAAUUUAAGGAUUUUUGUCGACGCGAGUUCUAUUGAAGUAUUUUGUGGGGAAGGAGAAGUGGUUUUUUCGAGUCGCGUGUAUCCACGAGCCAUGAGCAUUAGGAUUUCUGGAGAAGCCCAACUUCACCUGGUGCAAUAUAAACUACGACGUAGCGCUGGCUAUGACUAUAAAUUAGCUAAGGGUUUGAAAGAAAACUUUCUGCAUAAGUUUUGA